AUGAAAUUUACUUGUACGGUGUUACUUGCCCUCGCCGGGAUAGUAUCAGCGGUUUCUAAGUACGACGAGUACAUCCUGGCUCCAAAGUCGCGUACUCUCCAUCCAGUUGCUGUCUACCAGGACAAAAUCAAUGGAACUAUCACUGGGGCUUCUAGUCUUGCAAGCGACUCAACAGGCUCAGCCAUCUUCAAAGGCAUCUCAGCCGUCACAUACGAUUUUGGCGUCAACAUUGGUGGCCUGGUCAGCUUAACCAUUGGUAACAAAACAGACGCGAAUCAGUCUAUCGCCAUCACCUACUCCGAAAGCUCGCAAUGGAUCUCCGGUAUUGCCUGUGAUGCUACCCAAGACUCUGGCAUGGACGAAGCGUUGUGGUUUUACCCUUCGGGCCCGGGUGUUGUGUCUGUGGAUCGACAGCAUGAAAGAGGCGGCUUCAGAUAUCUGAGUUUGAUUCAUAAUACCACUGGUGACAUUGAGAUCACUCAGGUGACGGUCGAGUUUACGCCUUCGCCAACUACCGAGGAUCUGAGGAAUUACACUGGUUUCUUCCACUCCGAUGACGAGUUAUUGAACCGCAUCUGGUAUGCAGGAGCAUAUACCAUUCAGAUGGUGGCGAUCGACCCAACGCACGGUGAUGCUCUCAUCCACUCAAACCAGAUCAACUCUAGCGUGCCCGGUGACACAGUGGCUCCUUGGUCGUGGUACGCCAACACUACUAUAGCCAACUCGAGCGUUGUUCUCGUUGAUGGCGCAAAACGCGACCGUCUGAUUUGGCCUGGAGAUAUGCAUGUUAUCACCCCUUCGCUCUUUGUUUCAACCAGCGACGAUGCAGCUAUCACAAACUCUAUCGACAACUUGUUCUCUCUGCAGAAUGCGUCGGGUAAACUUCCUUAUGCAGGUUAUCCGUUCAAGCAGGAUACAUAUUCCGCAACCUACCACCUUUACAACCUCAUUGGUGUUUCCGACUACUACAAGUAUACAGACGACCUCGAGUAUGUCCGGAAUAAGUGGAACGCCUGGAAACUUGGGCUCAACUUCUCGCUCGGCUUCAUCGAUGAAACCGGUCUGAUGAACGUCACAAGCCCUGAUGAUUGGCUUCGCUUCGGACAAGGAGGUCACAACAUCGAGGCAAAUGCAAUUCUGUACUUUACCAUCAACGAGGGUCUUACUCUGGCCGCUGCCCUCAAUGACAGCAGCGUGAAAUCGUCGUGGGAAGCUUAUGCGUCCGGCAUCAAAGAGUCAGCCAACAAACUACUCUGGAACGCAACAGCAGGCCUCUACCAUGACAACGAGACUACGACACUUAUGCCUCAGGACGGAAACAGCUUUGCGGUGCUCGCAAAUCUCACAAACAAUGCCACUCAAGCAUCUGCCAUCAGCAAUGCUCUCAGAGCACGCUGGGGGCCCUAUGGUGCACCUGCCGUUGAAGCGGCCGAUGCCGUGUCUCCUUUCAUCGGUGCCUUCGAGCUCGAGGCCCAUUUGCGCGCCAACAAUGCAACUGCUGCUCUUGAGCUCAUGCGUUUGGAGUGGGGCUUCAUGCUGGACGACCCGCGCAUGACCAACAGCACAUUCAUUGAAGGCUAUGCGUUUGACGGAGCAACUCAUUACGCACCUUACACAAAUGAUCCUCGCAUCUCGCAUGCCCAUGGCUGGUCUACUGGUCCCACAGCAUUCUUGUCCCAAUACAUUGCUGGCAUUCAACUUGUCACCGCAGGCGGGAGAACCUGGAAGAUGGCACCUAAACUCGGCAAUCUGAGUACAGCACAUGCAGGCUUCUCGACUCCAGUAGGCUCAUUUGAAGUAUUCACCAACGUCACCUCAAACGGCAGCAUAUCCAUGGACUUUUCGACUCCAGUGGGAACUACAGGUGGUGUGGCCAUAGCUUAUCCCUCAUGUGCUGGAAUCAUGAGAUUGCACGAAGUACAAGGUAGAUGCAAGGAUGUAAUUUUCGACAUCCAAGCUGCUGCGAACCAGACUGGAGAUAUCGAGGUCGAAGGAUUGGUAGGGGGUGAUUGGCAGCUUAGAUUUAGCUGCGGUGCCGGCUCUUGA